GGGCCAGUGUGAGGAGGAGCCAGGAGGAAGUGUCGUGCUUGGGCUGCUGGUUAAUGUGCAAUCUGUCUGGGAGGGGAAGCUCUGUUUGCAAAUGAGUUCUGUAAUGUUUCAUCCUGUUCUUUUGUACUUAUGUUGUAGCUCACGGGAAUGAGAAGUUUCCUCUAGAAGUCAUACCCUUUAAGCUAUGCUUGCAAUCUUAGUCUGAACUUUUGAAAACCCUCGGCAGUUACAGUUGACAUUUGAGGAAGUUUCACAAAAGUACCAGAAUGGCUGACUACAACACCGAACCAUCAGCGCCUAGCAAACUCAGUGAAGUUCAGGAUCAAGUCAAUGAUGUUAAAGUGAUUCUCAAAGACAACAUCAACAAAGUUCUGGAGAGAGGAGAGAGGUUAGACGACCUGAUCGGCAAAACAGAUGAUCUACAAGCUACGGCUGACUCAUUUCAAAAGACGUCCACACGUGUUGCCAGAAAGAUGUGGUGGAGAAACACCAAGAUGAUGAUUAUAAUUGGUGUGGUAGUGCUUGCCAUCAUUGUGUUGAUCAUUUUGUUAGCUACGAACGUGAUUCCCACAUAAAUUCAAACAGUUUCAUAGCAAAGAAAUGAUGCAUUUCAAUAAUUUGUAUUCUUACAGACGCAGGCAUUAAUUACGUUUUUUUUUUUUUUUUACUACUACAACCUGGAUAAGUAACUAUGAAACUGCAUGGAUUUAUGUAUAGAUAAAUUGCUGUUUUUGUUAUAAUGACAUUUCCUAUGACAUUCUAUAUAAAUCUGGGACGAAUGUGUCAGGGCUUCUAUACAUACUUGUUUUUUAAUAAUAUCAUGGGACUAAAUACAGGAUAAACCAUUGUAACUGGAAAUGUUUUAGGACUUAUUUACUUUGAGAGUAACCACUGUGCUUGACAUGUUCAUCCCAAAGACAUCAAAAACUUUCUCAAUUACAUUUAAAUAAAGUAAUAAUAAAAGAUUUAAUAAACUGCAUACCUCCAGUAGACCUUGAAGUCUUCAGAAUAACUGAAAUGUUGUAAUAUGUUAUAUGAUAAUGACUCACAUGAUUCCUGGAAGGUUUCUGCAUGCUUUAACUACUGUGAAACCGCUUUGUACUGACACUGAUUUUAUACCUAGACAAAGUACAUGUUCUGGACUGGGUUUAGUUUGGAGUUUUUUUUGAUAUCUUGAAGUUUAAAUUCAAACUCCUACAAUGUAUCAGUCAGUGUCUUUGUCAAAAGGAUGUAUGACCUAUAUGCAUAUUAGGUGCAUCCCAAUUUGCAUACUUAUGCACUAUUCUAUGCCGUUUUGUAGUAUAAAUAGCCUGAUUAGUAUGUUGUUCACACUGAAAAUUCCAAAAAGAAUAAGUGCACUUUAAAUACCCAGAUGAUGCAUUUAAUUAAUCGAAGAAAUGAAGUGUGAAGUGUUGGACACUCAAGUGUCACAGCUUUAAUUAUGUUGUGGAGGGGGGAGGGGCUAUCAGACGACAACAAAAUAACUCUAUAAAUCUCAUUUAGUAUACAGUUGAGUACAUAGUGCAUAAGUACAUAAUGUGUCAUUUGGGACACAACUAAUGUGUUCUGUAAAGGAAAUACUGAUUGGCAUUUACUUCUAUUGUAAAUAUAUAUAUAUAUAUAUAUAUAUUAGUAAAAAAAAAUAUUUGAUGCAGAAGUUAAAUUACUUGGUUCCUGGAAACAAUAUAAUGAAAGAGAUUUACAUUUUCAAUAUACUAAAAGAGAACGGGGGCUGUUAAACAACAAAAUGGUCACCAUAAAAGUAUAGUCUACAUUACUCAUGUGCCUUUAGUCUUUUUUUAAUAUCGCUUCAGAGGUCUUGGAAUAACACACAAGUCAUACGGACUACUUUUAUGAUGCUUCUUUGUUAUUUCAGAGCUGGACUCCAGCCCCUUUCACUUUUAUUACAUUGAAAACAGCAGCAAGGAUUCACCUUUUGUGUUCCACUGAAGGAAAAAAAAAACAAAGGCACAUGGGUUUGAAAUGACACGAAGGCAAGUAAAUGAUGACAAUCUUCAUUUUUGGGUGAACUAUUACUUUAAUCUCUGAAGAAAUAACAGGCUUAAGGUUCAUACAAUUUAUUUCAUAGUAUUUUUCAAUGGUUUACAUGACUCUGUAGCAAAAUACUGCAAUAUGAAAUGAAUAUUAAAUGGCCUACACUCUGUACGCACUUGUAAGCAAUAAAUUAAUAUAACUGUAUACAAA